ACUACGAACUCUACAAUCACACACAACAAGGAUAAGGCAAAUUCAUCAGAGGUGGAAACAACAUUACCUUUUCCACUCUAUUAGCUAGUAGAAAGAAAAAACUCACAAAAAUGUCUGUGUCCGCCAUCUUCGGGACUCGAAUUGCCGCCAUGCCAUCAAUGGUUAGCAGCCGUGGCGUGAAAAUGCAACCGUCAAGCGUGGGAGUAGUGAUAGAGUGUUCGUCGAGGCCGCAGAAAAAGGCAACAGCGCACCACAGGAAGACAAGACCACGGAAGACUCAGCCAUGGGAUAUUAAACGUCGUCCUACUGUUUAUCCUGCUCUUCCUCCUCUUCCUGCUGAUUGGACUUUUGUUUCUUCUGGUUCUGAUGAAGUUGAUGACUCUUCUUCCUCUACUACCACUAUUGAGUCGCAACCUGAGUAAAUUUCUUUUGUGCUCGAUUGUUUUUGUUUAUGCCUAUGAAUUGUUCGAUGAAAUGUUUCUGUAAUUUUUGUGGUUGUUGUGUUAUUUGAAAUCAGAUUAUGUUUGUUA